UGUUUCCAUACAGAUGCACGGGUGCGGGCCAGCGAACCGUCUUCGGUGACCGUAGGCAAUGACCUCUGGGCUCUGCCCCGGCUCCAUAUCCAAGCUCACCCGCUAACGGUUUCUUAUCAGAGGAAUGCACUGUUUUGCAGGCGUGGUUGAAUCAUUUCCGGAGCCGUGAUGCAAUAAUCAUAUCUGAAGACGACAGCGGAGCAGCUCCACAGCCGACUUGUGUGUUCAAGACAUCCUUAUAAAUACUGCCUCAUCUCCACCCCCAAAAGUUAUCCACUAGCUUGGGUUGUGCCGCUAUUCAUCUCACGCCUAUAGUACCACCCAUCUUCUAGCUAAUUAUUCAUACUUCUCGAAGCCCUCUAACCUGCUAUUAUUUACCAGAAUUUCCCGAAAACAUGCACCUGCUCUUGGCUAUGCUUUGUCUUUCUGCAUAUGUGGCACUCUUCAGUAUGCAUACUACUUCCAAGCCCUCAAUGCGCUCAGCUGAGCGAAAAUCAGGAAUUUCUUUAAGCUUUGACUCCGUAGACACGAUAAAAGGAGAAUCUAUCAACUCCAGAGAUUACGGCUUUGAACCGCAAAGUCCGUCGAAUGGCUACGCCAAUAGCCGAGCCAUGAAGAAGGCUGAGUCUUUCAGAACCAGACCUGCUGCUUUGGAAUCUACCGCCCCCAGAGAAAUCGGCUUUGCACCGCAGAGUCCGCAUGACUACGCCCAAAGUCGCCAAUUUCAAAGAGGAUCCAGUACCCGAGGCGCGCAGCAGGAUGGGUCCAGAGCUGGUGGCUUAAGCUACCUACUCAGGAAUGAAGUCCAAGCAUCUGGUCCAAGUCUUACAAGAAAAGAGGGUAAAAAAUCUUCAAGAGAGCGUGUUUACCUACCUCUCGAUUGCAAUCAUGCCACUCGGCAUGAUAAUCAGGAUGAAGAAUACACUGAGACCCAGAUCUAUGAAGGCUGGUAAAGUGUCGGGCCUUUCUGUGUUUUUCCGUCAGCUGGCCUCAAUCUCUAUCCACUUCUGAAAGCAAAUCAUUUGGCAUAACUGGAUUGUAUUUUGGCUAAUUUGUACUACCCAUAACCAUCUUACCAAUUUAACAAGGCCUUUCUCA